CAUAUAAGUUGUGAUAUCAAUAUCAUGAAAAAUUUUAGAUCUCCAGGUACUUAAAACGAUCGUGCCGAAUUGUCCACGCAAGUUUUCAAAAAUAUUUUUAUUUAUAAAAGUUUGCAUAAUAUUCAAAAUUUUUUUGAUGAAUUUAAAUUUUGCUUCUUGUAAAUUAUACUUUAUAUAUGUGAAAUAUUCAUCUCCUAUUAUGAGUUGUAACAUCAUAAAGAUAUCAUUUUUUUAAAAUAUUUAAAAGUCAAAAUGCAGCAACCUGAUAUCCAUGCAAAAUAUGCCAAAUUAAACGUUGGUGGUUCAUUGUUUUACACAACUAUUGGUACUUUGACAAAACAUGAUACUAUGCUUAAAGCUAUGUUUAGUGGUCGUAUGAAAGUACUUACAGACACUGAGGGUUGGGUGUUAAUUGAUAGGUGUGGAAAACAUUUCAAUUCAAUUUUAAAUUUUCUAAGAGAUGAACAUGUUGCUCUUCCUGAUAAAACUCAUGAAAUAGCAGAAUUAUUAGCUGAAGCUAAAUUUUACAUUAUCUCUCCAUUAGUAGAAGCUUGUCAAUUAGCUUUGCAUUCAAGACAAUGUAAAAUCGAACCUCAAUGUCGUGUACCUUUGAUAUCAUCCAGUUCUGAUUUAAGUCAGUUUGUCAUGCUAAGUGCAAAACCAACUGUAAAACUACUAAUAAAUAGACACAACAAUAAGUAUUCAUACACCAGUGCAUCUGAUGAUAAUUUGUUGAAAAAUGUUGAACUUUUUGAUAAAUUAUCAUUACGUUUUGGUUCAAGAUUUUUGUUUAUAAAGGAUGUCAGUGGUUCGAGUGAAAUAUGUUGCUGGAGUUAUUUUGGUCUUGCUGCUAAAAUAGCUGAGGUUUGUUGUACAUCAAUUGUGUAUGCAACAGACAAAAAACAUACAAAGGUUGAUUUUCCAGAAGCAAGAAUUUAUGAAGAAUGCUUGAAUUUAAUGUUAUAUGAAAAUCGAACUGAACCAGAUCAAGAACUUAUGCAAGCUACAUCUUGGCGAGGAGCAGUAUCAAAUAUAUCAUCAGCUUAUGGAAGUGAUGACGAAGAAGAACGUAGUCGUAUUGCUUUUAGAAAAAGAUUAGUGUAAAAUUUAAAAUAGAUUUUAGAAUUAACAAGAUUUUAGUUUUUGUUAAUGAACCAAAUUUUUUAUGUUUUCCUAAAAUUAUAAAAAUAUAUUUUACUAAAAUUAUUUUUCUAAUAGUAUUUAAUUUUUUUUAAAUUAUAUAAUUUACUUUUGUUAAUAAACCGUUUGAUGAUUUAUGA